CGGUUGUGAUUUCGAGGCUCAGUACCGCUGAUGACAUCCGUGAUGGCAGAGGCAAAUCACCUUCGAGGGGCUCUUUAAUAUGCUCCUCGUCCAGAGCAGAAGAGUACCACUGGACCAGUCUCAAAAUGACCACCGGCUUCAGCUCCGGUUCUUGCCGAUUCGCAGAUUAUUUUGUGAUCUGCGGACUCGACACCGAAAGCGGACUGGAGCCCGACGAACUGUCCGCUUUAUGCCAGUAUAUACAAGCUACUAAAUUCAGUGAUGGGGCGCAAGGCAAACUAGCAAGGGGAAAUGAAGGUGAGAAUUUUGAGCAGAGUCCACUGCGACGAACUUUUAAAUCCAAAGUUUUAGCACAUUAUCCAGACAAUGUGGAGUGGAAUCCAUUUGACCAGGAUGCUGUGGGGAUGCUCUGUAUGCCAAAGGGUUUGUCAUUCAGGACACAGGUAGACACUCGAGAGCCCCAGUUUCACUCGUUUAUCAUCACCAGAGAGGAUGGCUCUCGGACCUAUGGCUUUGCCCUCACCUUCUUUGAGGAGGUGACCAGCAAACAAAUCUGCAGUGCAAUGCAGACACUUUACCACAUGCACAAUGCAGAGCAGUAUGACAUCUUGCACACUCCCAUGUCUCCCAAACCUCCUAAAGGACUGGAGGAGCCGCGGCAGAGGCCUAUUCUGCAGGCUGCCCCUGCCAUCUCCCGCCUGCAGCGCUUCAACUCCUACGACAUCAGCCGUGACACACUGUUCGUUUCCAAAUGCAUAUGUCUAAUAACGCCAAUGGCUUUUGCCCAGGCCUGUAGGAAGGUGCUAGAGCAGCUGUACCAGGCUGUGUCCUCUCCGCAGCCACCACCUCUGCCUUUAGAAAGCUACGUCUUCAACAUCCUCUAUGAGGUGCCUCUGCCUCCAUCUGGACGCUCACUGAAAUUUUCAGGGGUAUAUGGGCCUGUGGUGUGUCAGCGCCCCAGCACCUCUGAGCUGCCCCUGUUUGACUUUGGCAUUGGGGAGGUGUUUGAGCUGCUGGGAGUGGAGAACGUACUUCAGCUCUUCACGUGUGCACUGCUGGAGAUGCAAAUACUGCUUUACUCACAGCAUUACCAGAGACUGAUGACUGUGGCAGAAAGCAUCACAGCCUUAAUGUUCCCCUUCCAGUGGCAGCACGUUUAUGUUCCCAUUUUGCCUGCCUCACUCCUCCACUUUUUGGAUGCACCUGUGCCGUAUCUGAUGGGUCUGCAUUCCAACGGACAGGACGACCGCACUAAACUUGAGCUGCCUCAAGAGGCUAAUUUAUGUUUUGUCGACAUUGACAACCACUUCAUCGAACUACCGGAGGAGCUACCUCAGUUUCCCAACAAACUGGAGUUUAUCCAAGAGAUUUCUGAGAUCCUUAUGUCGUUUGGCAUUUCUCCAGAGGGCUGUCCACACUCCAGCGACAGCCAGCCCAAAUACAGGGGCCUUCGCUCUGUAGAUGUCGUUUCAGACAAGCGCAAUGGCAACUUGGCAUCACCACUCAACUCCUUCCUGCUGAGAGAGAAUGAAACUAUCGCUCGGCUUCAGGCGCUUGUGAAGAGAACAGGAGUCAGCCUGGACAAGCUGGAGGUUCGUGAGGAUGCCAGUGGGAUCAGAGAUGCUCGUGCUCAGUGUGAUGAGGAGGAACUGAAGAUGCAUCAGCUCAACAUUCAUGUCCGGGAAGUCUUCGCCAACCGUUUCACUCAGAUGUUUGCAGACUACGAGGUGUUUGUCAUCCAGCCAAGCCAAGACAAGGAGUCCUGGUUCACCAACCGGGAUCAGAUGCAGAACUUUGACAAGGCCUCCUUCCUCUCAGACCAACCAGAGCCAUACCUUCCCUUCUUGUCCCGAUUCCUUGAGACACAGAUGUUUGCAUCAUUCAUCGACAGUAAAAUCCUCUGUCACGAUGAUGAGGAGAAAGAGCACACAUUGAGGGUGUUUGACUCGCGGGUUGAUAAAAUACGCAUGUUAAACGUCCGCACGCCCACUCUACGCACUUCCAUGUACCAGAAAUGCACCAACAUUGAAGAAGCAGAAAAAGCCAUUGAAAUGAGAGUCCACAAGAUUGACCACACAGCGCUGCACCCACAUCUGCUCGACAUGAAGAUCGGACAGGGUCGAUAUGAGCAGGGCUUCUUCCCUCGACUCCAGUCUGAUGUGCUCUCCUCUGGGCCCACCACCAACAAGUGGACGAAGAGGAGCGCCCCUGCCCAGUGGAGGAGAAGAGAUCGACAGAAGCAGCACGCAGAGCACCUGUAUUUAGAUAAUGACCAGAGAGAGAAAUAUAUUCAAGAAGCUCGAAAUCUGGGCACUACCAUCAGACAGCCCAAACUGUCCAACUUGUCGCCUUCUGUCAUUGCUCAGACAAACUGGAAAUUUGUUGAAGGUUUACUAAAGGAGUGCAGGAACAAGACUAAACGCAUGUUGGUUGAGAAAAUGGGGCGAGAAGCAGUGGAGUUGGGUCACGGAGAGGUUAGCAUCACAGGGGUGGAGGAGAACACCCUGAUUGCCAGUCUGUGCGACCUGUUGGAGAGAAUCUGGAGCCAUGGGCUGCAGGUUAAACAGGGCAAGUCUGCCUUGUGGUCCCACCUGCUGCACUAUCAGGAGAGCAAAGAGAAGAGCGCGACUCCAGGAGGUUUGGGGCCCUCAGGUUUUAUCCAUGACACAGAGAGGCGUAAAUCUGAUGGAGGAGUGUCAGCCAUGCCACCCCUGAAAAUAUCUCUCAUUCAGGACAUGAGGCACAUUCAGAACAUCAGUGAAAUCAAGACGGAUGUGGGAAAAGCCCGGGCCUGGGUUCGCCUCUCAAUGGAGAAGAAAUUACUUUCCAGACACCUAAAACAACUGCUUUCAGAUCAUGAGCUCACUAAGAAACUAUACAAACGCUAUGCCUUCCUGCGUUGUGACGAUGAGAAAGAGCAGUUUCUUUAUCACCUUCUCUCCUUCAAUGCAGUGGACUACUUCUGUUUCACCAAUGUCUUUACCACAAUCAUGAUCCCAUACCAUGUUGUGGUCAUCUCCAGUAAGAAGUUGAGUGGGUCAAUGUUCACAGCUAACCCCUGGGUGUGCGUCUCUGGUGAACUGGCUGAGACCGGUGUUUUGCAGGUCCCCAGGAAUACAUUGGAAAUAACUUUUGAGUGUCAGAAUCUGGGAAAACUGACCACAGUGCAGAUGGGUCACGAUAACUCAGGGCUCUACGCUAAGUGGCUUGUGGAGUGUGUUUUGGUCCGCAAUGAAAUCACAGGACACACAUACAAAUUUCCUUGUGGUCGGUGGUUGGGCAAAGGCGUGGAUGAUGGGAGUCUAGAGAGGAUUCUUGUUGGAGAGCUUAUGACCCCCAGCACUGAAAACGACGAAAGAUUGUGCCGCACUCCUCCAAUGCAACAGUCGCCUGGGAUGAUGAGGAGGUUUGUCACCAUCUCGCCAAACAGUAAACCAAAGCUAAAUACAGGGCAGAUCCAGGAGGGAGUCGGAGAAGCCAUCAAUGGGAUUGUAAAGCAUUUCCACAAGCCGGAAAAGGAGAGGGGCAGUUUAACUCUUCUAUUGUGUGGAGAAUAUGGCCUUGUCUGGGCUCUGGAGCAAGUUUUUCAGCAUGGAUUCAAAUCACCUCGUCUAUUUAAAAAUGUCUUUAUCUGGGACUUUUUAGAAAAAUCCCAAGUUUAUUUUGAAAGCGCCGAACAGAGAGAAGUGAAUCCAGAUGAAAACUGGCAGAGCAGAGUGCGCCACUUUUGUCACUUUAUGCGUGCCAUCAACAGCACCCCUAGAAAUAUUGGCAAAGAUGGGAAGUUUCAAAUGCUGGUCUGUCUUGGAGCCAGGGAUCACUUGCUGCAUCACUGGAUUGCGUUGCUGGCAGACUGUCCGAUCACCACUCAGAUGUACGAGGACACUGCGCUGAUCAAAGACCGGACAUUGGUGAACUCUCUGAUCAGAGUGCUUCAGACUCUGCAAGAGUUUAAUAUCACCCUGGAGGCAUCUCUCGUCAAAGGUGUGGGUAUCUAAACCAAACCAACUCCCCGUCAGUUGCAUCAGGAACAUACAACUUGAUACAAGGCGUAUAUGAAACUUUUUAUGCAGAAUCAGACUUGAACAAAGGACAUUUCUGGCUUAUAUUAAAGCUACUGUUACAUUUGCCAUAUAAUAAGUGCAAUGAGCCUUUCAACAUAUGUUGAUAUUUUUAUCCCGAAUGAUGUUGCCAUUAGAUGUUAUAAUAUGUUUUCUAUUAUGACCAUUUUCACAUUACUGACAAUGACCUUCUUGUGCUAUAAUGUUGAAAGCUAAAUAUUUUCUUUGUUAUUGUGAACUGCUGAUAAUGGUUCUAUUUAAGGAAAGGUGAGAAUCAAAUGGUUUAUAUUUUUCGGAUAAAACAGUAUUAUUUUGUUAAAUCUGUCAAGUUGCUUGCUCUGUUGUAAACUCAGAUUCCAAUGUCAUAUUGCAGAGCGUAAAGCAAGUGAUGUAGUAUGCUUUAUAAGUAUGUGUAUGACAGGGGCAUUGGGGUAGAAUAGCAUCCACCCACCUUUAUAGGAAUGAAAUUUAUUUUAUAGUUUGGGAAAAUGCCAAUAUUUUAUUAUUUGCUGUGAAUUAAGAUCAUUGCAUGAGUAUGACAUCGCAAUCUAUUAUCCAACAGUAGACAUUGUGUUUGGUUAAAAGGAAGGGAAAUUUGACUGGUCUGUCACCUCACCCAGGUUUUUAUGGAUCAUAUUGAUAACUUUAUUGUAAAUAUCUUUGGACAUCUUUUGCCCUUAUCACACAAUGUUCACUUACACUACAUGCAGGCCUACCCAGCUCAUACCUGAGACAUUUUUUUUUGUGACCGUGCUUUUCCCCACUGGUCUCAUUAUCAUAGUUUCUUGCUAUGCAAAAUCUAUCAAACAAAAUCAAAGUUAUCAUUAUAACACCGUGGAGUGUUACUACUGGGCCCUUUCUCUUACAAUGGACUGUACUGUACAGAACAAGAAAUAUGGUAUGAAGGACUCCUUUCUGUGCCAACAAUGUCUAGAAUGACUGUGUUGUGCCCAUCUGUGUACAGUCCAUGAGCAUCUUGGAAGAUUUAUAUUUUUGUUCUGAAAAACUGGUGUACAUUUAUUGACAUGUGUAAUGUAGUGUUUACUAAGUGUACAGUGUAAAAAUGUACUUAAAUAAAGCACCUGAAAUGCUAAAA